AUGGAUCGUCACAGUCCUGUAUUGGCCUCAGUAGACUCCUUCUUCGAUGCUAUGGCAGUUCUUUUCGAUGACGCUCACAGAGCAACUACCGCCGAAGCCUACCUGCGUGCUCUGAAGCAAGGUGGCCGUCCAGCGGAAGACUACACCCUGGAAUUUCGGCAAUGGGCAGAUGACACGGAAUGGAACCCGGCAGCGCUUAAAAACCAGUACCGCUUCGGACUUUCUUCCGAAUUAAAGAAUGAAUUAGCCGCACUGGCAUCCCUGACAGUUUGGAAGACCUCAUCUCUCUUUCCAUCCAACUGGAUCGGAGGCUCAGAGAACUGGUGUGAUGGAAUGGUCCAUUGUCCCAACGGAGAGGAUGAAAUGUCCUGCGUUACAACAAAAACACCACUCAUGUGUGAAAAAAGAUGUGGCUUCUCUGCCUAUUGUAUCUUGUCAUCCCAGUGGUGUGAUGGAGUGACCCAGUGUCCUUAUGGAGAGGAUGAAAUGUCUUGCGUGAGAUUAUAUGGAGCAGACUUCCAGCUGCAGGUCUAUUCUACAGUAAAGUCAGCAUGGCUGCCCGUGUGCAGUGAUUACUGGAAUGAUGACUAUGGGAAGUUCGCCUGCCAGGACUUUGGAUACAGCAGGAGUAGUUAUAUUAGAUAUGGUAUGCUGAGGUCAGUAUAUGCCCCUGAAGGGUAUUUCAAACUGAAGACAGAAUCUUUGACCAGCAAAUUCUAUACAAGCAUUAAAUACAGUCUUUCCUGUUCAUCAGGAUAUGUGGUCUAUUUGCGUUGUAUAGGCUGUGGUUUAUCAUAUAACAGUGUUACCAGCCGAAUAUCAGGAGGAUCCAUUGCUUCAUACGGAAACUGGCCCUGGCAAGUGAAUCUACAGCACAGAAAAGGAGAUUUUUGUGGCGGGUCAAUCAUUUCUCCACGGUGGAUAGUAACUGCAGCUCACUGUGUAGAUGGAUCUAAUUCAUAUGCUUCAGACUGGAGGGUAUUUGCUGGGACACUGACCCUGCCAAGUUACAGUGACACCAGUGGCCAUUUGGUGCAAGCAAUAUAUACACACCCUGGUUAUAAGUCUUAUGAUAAUGAUAUUGCCCUAAUGAAACUCCAAGAUGAAAUAUCAUAUAAUUAUAACACUCAGCCGGUGUGCUUACCCAACUCAGGAAUGAUCUGGGAAACUGGUACCACAUGUUGGAUAUCUGGCUGGGGUAAGACCUCUGAAACAGGUAGCACUUCUAUGUACCUAAAAUAUGCAGAGGUACCUGUGCUUGACGCAAAUGAAUGUAAUUACAAUUACAUACAUAAUGGGAGGAUUACAUCUUCAAUGCUAUGUGCUGGUUACCUUUCAGGAUUCAGAGAUACUUGCCAGGGAGAUGAUGGAGGACCUUUAGUAACCUACACAAACUCUCUGUGGUGGCUUGUUGGUGACACCAGCUGGGGAUUCAGUUGUGGCCAAACCUAUAAACCUGGUGUAUAUGGGAAUAUGACAGUGUUCUUGGAAUGGAUAUAUUUCCAAAUGCGGAUAUACAGUUAAACAAUCCACAGGUGUGAAAUCCCAGGACUGAGUCUGUUUCUCAGGCAUAGAAGAGUAAUAAAGUCACCAAGUGAUGUGCAGCAUGAACCAUGUGACCCCCCUUUUCCUCAUAAACCAGUGGUAUAACACAGAAUGAAGAUCUAACUUUUUUCAAGUGCAGGAGCAAAAGAUGAAGAUGUACUGUCUUAAUCCACACAAUAUGCUCUAGAUAACUAUAAGCACAUAAAGUAUGCUCAGUCUGGCCUUGAUCUGGUCAAAAUCUAAUUUUGGCAGUCCAGGACUCGGUGCCAGGAUAAUCUUGUGUACAGUGCCCUGUACAAUGAGUAGUACCAUAUAAGACAUCAAGACACUUACUCAAGACUCACUUCAAGACCAUAUCCCAUAUGAUCCCCCUUAUAUAUCACCCAUAAUCUUAUUGCUACCUUAAAAUCAGACUGUGGAAGUACUG